CAUAUGUCAAAUCUCAUCCCUUUCAACAACAAACAAAAGAUAAACAGGCACAGGCCACCUCUAUUCUCCUCUUCUCUCUUCUUUCUCUUUCUUCCCUUCUUUCUCUCUCUUACUUAGCUUGAACUCCCUUUCUCUUUUGUCUCCUUCCGUCUUCUCUUUUCCUUUCUCUCUUCCUCUUUUUCCUUCCUUCACUUUCUACAACUGCAAAUACAUACAAGUAUCACCCACUUUCUUUUCUCCAGAUUUUCCUCCAUUUUUAUCUCUUCAUUUCUUCUCUACUCCUUCGUAUAAGCUCUUCUUUUAUGGAUCCAACCUGGGUUAACCAUAAUUAAACUUAGGUUUUCCGAAAUUCAACCUAAAAAUCAUACUACUGUUUUACUUCCCAAUUUUACAAUGCUAGAGAUCUCUUCUCUCUAAUCUUUAAUUCUAUUUCUUCAAUUUCAUCUUCAUUUUUUCACUUCACAAAAAUAAGAAAUGGGUUUUUAAUGCUGCUACUAGUAUAGCUUGUACGGUUACUGAGUUUUAGUAUUGAAACCAGCAAGAAAAGGAUGGUUACUUUGUCAUCUUUGGAGAAAAAUCCGGCUGUUGGUAAACUGUCUGAUUGUUUGGUAAUGUCACAGUCUUCUGUAUCUAGAGAGCACAAGGUUAAUGUAGUCGGAGAAGAAGGAAAUAUUAAUUUAGGUGUGCAUAGGAGUGUUUCGAGAUCAGUGAAUCAGAUUAAAACACGCUCUGAUAUGUAUAUUGAUUCUAUUGGUGUGGUCGGGGCUCAAAAUGAAAGCAGUCUUUUCUCUAGUUCACUCUCCGACUUGUUUAAUCAUAAUCUUACAUUGUCGUCCAAUAAACUUAUGUCCCGACAUUCAUCUGCCAUAUUUCCUCAAAUAGAUGAGGUGGAACCUUUGAAAUCCUUCGAGGAAAGUGAAGGACAAGUUAUCAAUAAUCUUCUUCCCGAUGAAGAAGAGUUGUUUUCUGGGAUUGUUGAUGGAAUGGGACAUCGCGUUGAUGAUGUAGAAGAAUACGAUGUGUUUACUUAUAGUGGUGGUAUAGAGUUAGAUGCCGAGGAGCAUUUACAGGGUGGAAGGAGAAAUGUGGCGUAUCCUUGGGGUGCCCACCAGAAUCAACAACGCUCUGGCCUUCAUGUGCAGGAUCAUGGACCAAGGAUUCAUUCCAAUGCGAGAUUGUCCAAUAGUGGUUUGAUGGGUGAUGCAUCACCCCAUGAAAAUUCUCGGAUUUUCAAUGGUUUUCCUUCUCCUGUUAGAAUGUCGUCCACUGGCAAUGAAUUUGGUCAUAGUGAGGCUAAUCAUUCGUUUCCUCAAAUCCAGCUUGAUAAUAGAAGUAUUCCUAAUUUCCAUCCUCAUUCUCAAGUCCAAAUGCAUGGUGUUAAUGUAAUUGCUCAGAACUCAUUGGACAAUUUAACUGGCUUUGCUGAUGACUUCCGCCCCAGGGAACUUGCUGAUGGAGUAUUUGGCUAUUCUCCAAAUGGGCUUCAUCGAUAUCAGUCAAUGGCAAGCAAAUCUAACUCAUAUCAGCAACAUCAUUUAAGAUCUUUGCUUAUGCCGAAUUCCCCAUCAUUUUUGAAUAAUAACCAUGCACAUCACCUUGGAAGGCUUCCUGGAUCUCCCGGGGCUCCACAUCUUUUGAUGAAUAUGGUUUCACCAGUACACCAUCUUCAGGUAGGCUCAGCUCCUGUAGUGCCAGUAGUAAAGGCUUCACUCUGGGACAGACAACAAAUUUUCGGAGGAGAAUCUCAUGAAGCUUCUGGUUAUCAAAUGGGUGCCAUAAGGAAUGUUGGCAUCCCUGGAUUUUCUCCGUCACCUGCCCGAGAAUUAUCUUCUCCUAUCAGCUUUAAUCAUGUUCAUGGGGCUGAUAUGUCUAACAAUGCUGGGAUACAAUCACCUCAACAAAUGAGUCACCUGUUUCAUGAGAGAAACACGAUGAAUUCUCUUCCGACUUCUUUUGGAUCUCCCAGUGAACGCGUUAGAAGAAGCAGAAACGAAACCAACUUGAGUCAUACUGACAGGAAGCAUUAUGAGCUCAACAUUGAUCGUAUUUUGCGUGGCGACGACAACCGAACAACACUAAUGAUUAAGAAUAUCCCUAACAAGUAUACUUCCAAAAUGCUUUUGGCUACCAUUGACGAGCACCAUAGAGGAAAAUACGAUUUUAUAUACUUGCCAAUUGAUUUUAAGAAUAAAUGCAAUAUGGGCUAUGCAUUCAUCAACAUGAUCGAUCCUCUCCAAAUUGUUCCAUUCCAUCAGACAUUUGAAGGGAGAAAAUGGGAGAAGUUCAACAGUGAAAAGGUUGCGUGUCUUGCUUAUGCCCGAAUUCAAGGGAAAUCAGCUCUUAUUGCACAUUUCCAAAAUUCAAGCUUGAUGAAUGAGGAUAAGCGGUGCCGUCCCAUUCUGUUUCACACGGAUGGUCCAAAUGCUGGUGAUCAGGAACCAUUUCCGAUAGGCACCAGUUUUCGUUCAAAGUCGGGUAGGCAGCAAACGACUAGCAGCGAAGAGGAAGAAUAAUCAGUUGUAAGAAAAUGGUCAGAGCUCGGCGUUUAUCCAAACGCUGUAAAUGUUUAAAUUUCAAGUGGCUCUGCAUUGAAAGACAUUGCUAUUGCUUAGUAGAUGACUAGUAGUACUACUUAUUAGACUGAAAAAAAGCCAUUUCAGUUUAGGUAGGAACUGAAUUGGCCCUGUUAAAUUCUUUUUCCUAGUGUUGUUGGGGAAGCACCAUUUUUUUGUUUUUCUGAAGUUUUGGGAAUCAGAAAUUUUGAGCUAAUGAGUCAGUGUAACUAGGCCAAUUUUGAAAUUCUGUAUAUAUUUCAUUGGGGGCUUUGGUUACUUUAAUGUAGGAAUGGCCAUACUUACAAUUGAUGGUCUAAGACUUUGUUUAACUGACAUGUUCACUAUAGGAUUCAAUCAUGAAUGUAAGCUUUAGUUGCUGUA